UUUGGGGAAUACCAAUAUUCGAAAAUCAAUUUAAUUUUUUAUUUUACUGAAUUUUUUACCAGAGGAACUGUUAGAAACUAAGAAAUACAAUAGAAACCAAUGUAAAUAAUAAGUGGUAAAGGCAACCUCAUUAUCCAUAACGUUUGAAGCGUUGAUUGGAGUACAUAAGAAGAUCAUGAUUGUGAAGUGAUACGAUUUGACAGCAAGUAACCUGACAAUAUGCCAUCUUUCUUUUCUUCAUACAUCAUAUUCAUACUUGUUCAAGGACUGGCACAUAGUAGAGAUGUAAAACCAGUACAGGAACGAUAUUUACCCGAUUAUAAAAUCUAUCAUAAUCUUACGCAGAUUAUGAACCAUGUGAAACUGCUAGAACAGAACAAUCCCUCAUAUAUGAAAGUCGACUGGAGUUACAAAUCGAGACUUGGGAAUCCACAGAUGCUGAUUAUAUUAAAAAAUCACAAUACAACUAACUCUCCUAAGCUACGAAUGCUUCUAUCAUUUGGUGAACAUUCACGAGAAUUCCUUCCAGUUGAGAGUGCGUUUCACUUGUUAACAAAUAUCACCAAUGGACUAGCAGCUCCGAUUAGAUCACAGCAAUACAAAUACUCAGCUUUAAUAAUUUCUAAAAUUGAAAUGUAUAUUGUGAUAAUGAUGAAUCCCGAUGGUAGGUUAUAUGUAGAAAGGACAAAAAAUUACUGCUGGCGAGGAACCAGUGAGGGCGUAGAUCUCAACAGGAACUUUGAUUGGCAGUUUGGGGGUAUGGGGAGCUCGGCUGAUAAAUAUGACGAGGAAUAUAGAGGAGAGAAACCUUUCUCAGAGCCGGAGUGCAGGGUUUUGACAGAGUUAACUAUGCAGUACAAAUUUGAUGCUUUCUUUUCACUACAUUCAGGAAUUCAGCAAAUAUACAUACCAUAUGCAGAUACUUUAUCGAAGAAGACUCGUAGGCAACCCAAAAAUGUAUCAGGGAUGUUACAACUUGCCCAACAGAUUUCUGAUGCAACUGGGAAUGUAUACAAAUAUGGGUUGUCAUGGCAACUGAAUGACUACACAGCUGAUGGGACAUUGUUUGACUAUAUGGCAGGAGUGAGAAAGAUUCCAUAUUCAUUAGCCAUUGAAUUGUGGGGAGGAGGAGAUACUAAAGAUUCCAAGUGUUUCGAUCUCUUUAAUCCACCAAGUGCUCAAUUAAAGAGGGUCUUGAUAAAGAUCCACAAAGUGUAUGAGUCAUUGUUCAUCUAUCUAAUCAACUCCCAAAGACGCAGUAUUAGUCGCAUACAACAUCCAGAGUUAGAGACUCCACCACUUACUCUCGGAUACAUACUGCUCUCUGCUGUUAUAUUCCUGACUGUGAUUGUUGCCUUUCAUCACCGUUUACCUACAUGUCUCAGACUUUACCCAAGACGACGUAUUGUCAGCUUGCGAUCUUUAAGUUCGACUUUCUCCACAGCGUUAAUCAGGUGAUCAAUGAUGUCAUAAUUACUUGAACUAAGGUCAUCAUAGAAGUAGAAGUAGGCUAGGCUCAAUUAAUAAAUGUGGUCUCACAUCUUGAGGCUAUUAUUAUUGAGGUACUGAACCGACUACAUGUACAUAGAUCGCGGCACGAUCAUAUGUAAUCAGAAUGUCUACCCUCGAAACACUAUCAUCUAGUCACAUUUCCCUCCGACUGCUCCAACUGACUUUAUAGUUUUAAUACAGUCAUACUCGUGCACAUACUGUAGCCAAGAACUUAGUCCAUGAACAAAGCUCGAAGUCCUGGAAGCUCGAACUACUACAUAAUGUGUAAUAAAGUACACAUUUUACCAUACUAUUUAAGAAUGUGCUACCUCAAUUUAGAAAAACCAAAUCUUGUGUGAUUAAUUGUAAAGCUUAUGUUGAACCUAUUGAGUGAAUUGUGUGUAAAUGUAAAAAAAUCAUCCUUUUUGAAGAUGAAUUAUUUAAACACCAUGCGAAUACCUGUGAAAUUUUCUUUGACUUCCCUCUUACUACACGUAACCUGAUUUUAUAAUAAUUGCACGUAAAGGUUCAAGGUAAAUGAAAUAUUACAUUUUAUGUUGAAGAUUUAUU